GAGAGGAGCGCGGAAAAGUCAGCCUCAGCAUCACUAGAGAUGUAAGUGGUGGUGGAGACGAUCGUAGUGGUGGAUUUGAGUCGGUGGUAGUGGUGGGUAAGAGUGGGGUAAAGUGUUUCGCGCACUGCACCUACGGCAACUAUCGAAGCAACACGCACUACACCGCGCGCAGGACGGCUAACUAAAUACACAUUGAACUAACCUAUCUACAUUGUUACCUAGCCUGAUCCGAGACGCCAACUGUGUUGAAAUACAACUACUGGACCCUCUCCCACUCUUUAUAUAUCUAUUAACAUCCAUCUCUCUUACGCUCGUUUUUUAUUCUCGGACUCACUCUCACUUACUCACUUACUUAUUUACUUAUAUAUAUUUAUUAUAUAUCUACAAACAUAAUAUAAUAUCAUCAUAGGAUAAUAUAUAUAAAAAUUAAAAAAAAAUUAAAAGCUUACUUUCUCCCACGCUUUUACUGAUUAGUCCUUUUACUGGCUGACUCACUCACUCUUUUAUUCACUUACUCACUUGGUUAGUGACUUACCAUACCAUUUCUCCGGCGUGUUGUACGUCACUGAUGUCACACACGGUGUUGUAUGUGUAUAAGUAUAUGUAUGUGUAUGUGUUCGUCACUUGACACUUGACUGCACCUGUAAUCUUCCUGGGUAACCAAAAGUGUCAUUGUCUAUCAGUGAAUCCACGUGUAUAAUUUAAACUUCUUUUUACUGUAGUUAUUAUUUUUACAUCUUGUACUGUUUAUUUAACACUUGGAAAGUUAAUUAAAAUAAAAAAAAAAAUCAAGUGGAUUUAAAAAGUGUUGUAUUUAGACCAAAUGAUUUUUCAGAGGUUUAUAAAAGUUAAUUUUUAAAUUUAGAAAAAAAUAUUUUUAAAAACUUUACUGGGUAACGUAAUAUUUUUUCAAGUGACUAAAGGAUUAAAUAUUAAAAAACAGUGUUGAUCUGUGGAUUUAAUAUUUAAAAUAUUUUAUCUGGAUUCUUAGAAAAAGUGGCUGACAGUUGCGAUUAAAAAUGAUUAUAAUUUAAUAACUUCUUUAUUAUUUUGUUAUGGUAAAUUAUUUAUCGUUUUUAACAUAAUUUCGUAAAAAUGUUUUUUCGUUGUAUUAAAAUAUAAUUUAUCGACGUUAAUAUUUUUUAAAUGGAAUUUUUAUCUAUUUUUUAAUAUUCAUUUCCGGUAACAAACGAUUACGUAAAGUUGAAUAAUAAAUGUAUAAAGAGAGACAACUUGGAAUCGGGAAUAAUCGGAUCUAUUCGUUUAAAAUCGAAGAGACGCAAUAUUUUUUUUUGUUUUUUUAAUGUGUGCCAUUUUUACGUUAUUUUUAUUUUUAUCUGCAAUCGGAUCUCGCGAAUCACGUUUACGCGGCUAUAAAAAAUUCAAACGAUUUAUUAAAAAUUUAAAGAAUUUUUUCAAUUUUAUAUAGUUUUUUUUUUAAAUUGACAGUGAGUGUUGCAAAUAAUUUGAAGUAAAAUAAAAAGUUAAUUAGCGGGAAAAAUGAAAAAGUCAAAUUAAAAAAAUAAAUUGAUUUUAUAGUCAAUCGAGUGUCAAGUGUUAUCAACUGCUUUAUCAAUCAAUAUAGAUUUAUAUCAGUAUUAAUAACUGAAUUUAAAUUAAUAAAACGGGACUCUUUUAUAUAACUUGAUAAACCAAAGUGGGAUUUUAAUCUGUUAUUUUGAUUCUGUACAAAAUUUAAAAAAAAAGUUUUUAUAGUGAAUAAAAAAGAUUUUAAUUGAGAUCAGGAAAGGUUAAUGAUUAUUAAAAUAAAAAACAAUAAAAUAAACGGUUUGAUGACAAUAACAAUUGGUGGAGGUGUACAAUGAGCGACGGAAUUGUUGGUGCUAUUGCAAUAAGUUUGUUCGGUACGAGUUCACGAUCUUUAAGUGUUGGCGGUGAGAAGAAGAAGCGAGGACAGGACGUCAACAUGGAUUCGGAAUAUUCAAUGCUAGGUGGUGACCUCGAUGUAUGUAGGAUGUUUGAUCAGUAUCAAUACAAGAUAAUAAGAUGGCGGCUACUGAACACUCGUGUGGAGUUUGCUCUAAAAUAAUAAAAGAGAAUGUGUCGUAUAUUGUGCUCAGAGUGCAAUUUUUGGAUUCAUUUAAAAUGCCCAGGAAUAGAUAGUAAAGAGUUCAAAAAAGUGGCUGCUGACAUUCCGAAAAACGAGUCAACGUGGACAUGUGACUCAUGUAAAAGUGAGGUUAGUGUUAUUGUCUCAGAUGAUGUACGAGAUAGCUGUGAUGAUGAUAUAACUGUGACAAAAAUUGAACUUAUUUUCAAUAAAUAUUUUACCCCGUUCAAAGCUAACGUGGAAAAAAGUCUCAGUGGAAUCAAGUCUGAAUUGGCGACAAUUGCUCAGCAAAAUGUGAAUAUGUCAAAGCGCUGUGCUCAGUUGGACAAAAGAGUCAGUCUGGUUGAAUCUAAGAGGGCAAGUUUUUAAGCUCUCCCGUGUCGUUGGUUCAUCUGCUGAAGAUGUUAUAGCUGAAACUAAUGAGAGGAAAAGACGAGAAAAAAAUAUGAUUGUCUAUAAUGCUCCUGAGUCAAAGAAGCAGGUAGGUGCUGAACGUUUCCAAGACGACCGUGAACAGAUAGCAAAAAUUCUGCCACCAGAAUCGGCUGAUGAUAUCCCUAACAUGAAACUGCGCAGACUUGGUUGUGCAGUAGAUAAUAAAAUUCGUCCAUUGCUCAUUGAUACACCUCCAGUCUCUGCUGCGAAAAAGUUACUCAAGGCCAAAUCUGUCAGAGUAGACACUGGAAAUAUUCUUUUUAAACCGGAUUUAGCUCGGGCGCAACAAAAUCACCUGAAAAGUCUUUGAGCUGAACUAGAUGAGUUAAAUAAGAAUGGUGUUAUUACUAAUACCAUCAAAUAUAUUGAUGGCGUUCCCAGGACAGUCAAAGUUCCUGCAUUUCGUCCCCCCAAGGAAACGCACAAGGGUCAAACGGGAUCUUCUGGUGUAUUACCAAAACACCAGGGGACUCCGAACUAGAUUGAAAAAUUUUCCAGUUUCGUCCGCGUGUUGUCACUACGACGUGCUCUGUAUCAUGGAAUCGUGGCUUCACUCAUCAAUAUCGGACGGUGAAAUUGUUGAUAAUACCUAUCGCAUUUUUAGGAAGUACAGAGAUUCCGAUACUAGUAACUUUGUGCGAGGUGGUGGUGUGUUCAUUGCCGUUAAGCAUAACAUUACUGCCGAACCAAUUGCUAUCAUUAAUGCAGGCUUGGAGCAGGUUUACAUUGAGAUCAAGGGUUUUGGAGAGGAUAUCAUCUUAGGAUGUGUUUAUAUACCUCCGCAGUCACAUGUGGAUGUUUUGUCUAGUCAUUUAGCUACUAUUACUAAUAUCAAAAAUAAAUAUCCUAACAAUAGACUUUUGGUCAUAGGGGAUUACAACAUCUACAGUAGUGUGCCGAAGCUCGAGUGUGAAUCUAAGUUAUAUGAAAAAUUCAUACUUGCUGGAUGUUCUCAACAUAAUAAUGUCUGCAAUGUUAAUGACCGAAUAUUGGAUUUAUGCUUCAGUGAUCUUGACAUCGUGGUUGACGACGAGGACAAAUAUCACUCAGCAAUCUUAGCUCGAUUAAAAUUCUGUACUAACCUAAAACGACAAGAUGCUCCGACAUACGCCUUUAAGAGUGCUGACUAUGCGGCGUUGAACAACUAUUUCCUAAGAGUAAACUGGAUUCAUCUAUACACGAUAGACAAUACAGAUGAAAAAGUGAACUGGUUCUAUGACACGGUAAAUAAAGGAAUAGCCGAGUUUGUCCCACUAAAUUAAAGAAAAAUCGAAAUUAUCCAUGCUGGUUCUCUAAUGAAUUAAGAUAUUUAAUUAAGCAAAAGAAAAAAGCACAUAUGAACUAUAAAAAAAUGAAAUCCAGAAGUAAUUAUGUAGUUUCUAGCAGCCUGAGAUUAAAAUGCAAAAGACUAAGUACGUCAUGCUAUCAAAACUACCUAAAUAAAGUGGAAGGUAAUCUGAGAAGUGACGCAAAUAAAUUUUGGAGUUUUAUUAAAGAUAAACGUCGAAAAGUUGUUGAUAUCCCAACUACCAUGACCUGGGAUAACGUGUGCUCAAGUAACGGAAAUGAGGUCAGCAAUCUGUUUGCGUCAUUCUUCAAGAGUAUCUACAAAACCCCGCCUGGUCUAUCUCCUGAUCCAACAGCUGAUCCGGAAGAGGACAGAGAACGUGCUGAUGCUCCAGAUGCACACCUCACUGAAUUUGAAGUUCGUUUCGAUGAUGUUUAUCGUCAACUAUGCCUGCUGAAUGUUAACAAAGAUGCUGGACCUGACGGGUUACCUAAUUUGUUCCUAAGGAAAUGUGCUAUAGGUCUCUGUGAGCCUAUCGUACAUAUAUUUGAUAAAUCGCUUGACCGGCUGCUUUUCUACAGCUUGGAAAGUGUCCUACAUCAGUCCCAUUCAUAAAUCUGGAGAAAAAUCUGACGUGAUCAAUUAUAGACCAAUAUGAUACAGUCUUCACUUGCUAAACUUCUGGAGAAAAUAAUCCUACCACAAUUGAACUUUGCUUUCAAAAACAUCAUUGUGUCUCGGCAGCAUGGAGUCUUUGGUGGUAGAUCCACAACUACCAACUUGUAUGGAUAUGUCAACUAUAUACUAAACUCAAUGGGCAGAGGCAAAGAGGUACAUGCGAAAUACACAGACUUCAGUAAAGCGUUUGAUAUGGUCAACCAUCAAAUUUUGCUAAAAAAACUGAGCACCUAUGGUGUUAAAUAUGAAGCGCUGGAAUGGCUAUUCUCAUACCUUUUCAACAGGAAGUUACGAGUGCGAGUUAAUGUUCACCCAUCAAAUGAAUGUGGCGUCACCUCCGAUGUCCCACAGGGUUCACAUUUGGGUCUGAUUCUGUGUAGUAUUUUUAUCAACGACAUUAGUGAUAACAUAAGGUCAGAGUAUCGACUCUACGCAGAUGACAUGAAGGUCUACAGGGUAAUUAACAACGAACAAGACCCCUAUAUCCUCCAGGAUGAUAUUUAUGAGCUUGUGAACUGGUGCAGGAUCAAUAAAUUAUUUCUGAACAUAAAAAAAUGUGCAGUAAUCUCCUUCUCGUGAUCUCACUACCAGCUGCCUGCUAUCUAUCUGCUUGAUGGUCAAGUUGUGCAAACCGUAAAGACAAUAAAAGAUCUUGGUGUAAUCGUGGACGACAAAUUGAACUUUCCAGCAGAAAUUGAUUACAUAACUCUUCGUGCCUUUCGAAGCUUAAGUUUUAUUUGCAGAGCUAGUAAGGAAUCUAAGGAUGCCCGAACACUGAUACACCUGUUUUCGGCGUUCGUUAAGCCUGUACUGGAGUAUGGGUCUGUUGUUUGGUCUCCAUUCACUGAACAACAGAUUGGUCGCAUUGAAAAAGUACGAAGGAAAUUCUGCAAAUGUCUAUGCUAUUUCAAGCGAUCUAUAGGAAUGCUCAGUGUCAACGAUAUCUAUCACCAAUACAAGAUCAGUAGUCUAAUCAGCCGCAGACAAGUUGCUGACUUGUCGUUCUUUUUCAAGGUCAUUAACGGUUUGAUAGACUCACCAGAAAUUUUGGUUGAUUUCCAUUUGGUCUGCUCCAGUGCACAUUUAAGAACAAAAAGGCUCCUAUCAGUCAAUAAAACUAAUAAAAACUAUGUAUACAAUGAACCCAGGAACAGAAUUGCUAGGCUAGUAAAUCAGCACUCUUCGAACCUCGAUUUCUUUAGUGUAUCUCCAUCAUCUUUUUCAGCGAUUACAAAAAAAUUAUUCUGUUCUGACUGAUUAGCAUAUAGUACAAUAACUUUGUACCUUUUGAAGUGUUAAUCGAUUCAAGUUACUGUUGUUUUUCUUCGAAUAAAUUUAAAAAUAUGUAAAUAAUAUUAUAUAUACUGACGAUUGGCGUAAAUAAAUAAAUAAAUUAUUAUUGC